AUGCCGGCCACGGGAGGCCAGGACGUGCGGCCCUGCCGCGUCCUGUCGCACGUGGAAGGGGACCGGGGGUCCGCGGCACGCCCACGCCGCUCACUGCGGCCAGAAGCCCAUCUCCGUGGGGCAGAGCUAUCGGUCAUUUCGUCUCCGGCCUCAAAAACGACCCCGAGCCCGAGCGGGCGACGCCUCGGCCGGUUUCGGUCCGACCUGCGCCGCAGCACCGCCCGGGCGGUGUCCUCGCUCGGCCUGAGGAGCCGCAGGGACCCCCGCGGGACGUGGUCGCGGGCGGCGCACAACUACCGGCUCGGGCGGGAGGCUCGGCCGCCCCGGGGAGGGGGAGAACCUGGGGACUCGGACCGAAAGGGGCUAGAGGAGAACCCCGUGAUGGAGGGGCCGCCUGACGUGAGGCGCGGGCGCUGCGGCUGCCUCGGCGGCGCCUGCUGGUGCCGGAGCCUGGCGCUGGUGUGCGUGCUGGCCGCGCUGUGCCUGGCCUCGCUGGCGCUGGCCCGCCGCUCCCUGCAGCACCUGCUGCUCUGGGCCGAGGGCCUGGACCCGCCGCUCGGCGUCCUGCUCUUCGUCGCGGGCUUCGUCGCGGUCUCGUUCCCCUGCGGCUGGGGCUACAUCGUGCUCAACGUGGCCGCCGGCUACCUGUACGGCUUCGUGCUGGGCAUGGGGCUGAUGGUGGCGGGCGUCCUACUCGGCACCGGCGUCGCCCACGUGGUCUGCAGGCGGCUGCUGGCCGCUCGGGUGGCCGCCCGGAUCCAGGGCAGCGAGAGGCUGAGCGCCGUCAUCCGCGUCGUGGAGGGAGCCGGCGGCCUCAAAGUGGUGGCGCUGGCCAGGCUGACCCCCAUUCCUUUCGGGCUGCAGAACGCCGUGUUCUCGAUGACGGAGAUCUCCCUGCCCAGCUACCUGAUGGCGUCUUCCGUGGGGCUGCUUCCCACCCAGCUCCUGAAUUCCUACUUGGGUACCACCCUGCGGACAAUGGAGGACGUCAUUGCAGAGCAGAGCGUCAGCGGAUAUUUCGUUUUUUGUUUACAGGUCAUCAUCAGCAUAGGCCUCAUGUUCUAUGUGGUUCACCGAGCUCAGGUGGAGCUGAACGCAGCCAUCGCCGCCUGUGAAACGGAACUGAAAACCUCGCUGGCCAUGGGCAGCCAGGCCGACACAAGCAGCACCUUGCUCCACAGCAAGCGGCCCCUGACGCUGUCUACAGGAGGGAUCAACAUCGUGUGAGUGUCGCGAGCUCGCGUGCGCCCCCUCCCUCAUGGGCAGAGGCACGUCCUGCUUGUCUGACGGCACAAACAACUGACUAGUUUUAAAUUGCACAGUUUUUAAAGCAUCAUUUUCUGGACAUGUGAGUGCAAAUGUGGACGCAGUUUGGGGCACCCCUUCGUCACUCACCACACCCGUCACGGUCUGUAGGUCUGCACUUUAGCAUUUCCUCGUCAUUUCCUUUGUGGGUACUUCUCAACAGAGGAACAGCCCAAAUAUUUUUCUUAGUGCUUUAUGAAGUCCAUGAAUCGUUGUGUGCAUCUUUCCUACUACAAAGGUGGGGAAAAGUAUGCAGUUUUAAAUGUGUAACAAGGGUGUCGUUUACUUUCCUCGACUUUCCAGAAAGGCUCAACAGUGCUUUGGUUUGGUUUUAUUGUUCUAAGUGGGACCACUCUGCUUCCCUUUCCUUACUUGUUAGGAAACAGACAUUCACUUCUGUUGAAUAUAAUUGUCGCAGGGCUAUUCACACCUGUCCACAUGCUUCAAUCCUACCUGGUGGGACUCAAGUGCUCUUACGAUACCUUUCAUUUCCUCUGUGUCACGCGCGCAGAAGGGAAGGCAUGUGGUGGGUGGCGGCUGUCCUUGUCCCGUCACGUGGCUUUCCUCUCCUUAGACCUUUCAUCGAAGGGCUGCCCACUGCAGACUUACUGAAGCAUUUUCUUAAAAUAAACCUCUUUUUCUUUUUAUAUUCAUUAGGCUUUGACAUAAAUAUGUUAUUCCUUUAAAAUGGUGGGCUUACCAUCAUUGAAAUUGUCACUCAGGUGGCCUUAUCUGAUCAAAACGCCUUUUUAAAAAACAAGCUUUAAAAUCAUGUUUAUAAUUCCACUGACGUACAUACAUAUUUGUCCCCAUAGUCAUCAGCUUUAAAACUGUAAAUGUGAUGUUAACGUAAUGCCCAGCUGUGUGUUACGUGCCCUAUUAUGCAGUAGGUUUGUCUUCAGUACUUGUUUUUCUCUGAUAAGACUCAGGAAUUCUGAAAUGUGAAAUUAGGCCUCUCAGUUCUUCCUGUGUAGCAGGACCGGGUGUAUUUAUUAAUAGCACUUGUGAGGGCAGCACACAGAAAUCUGGCAUAUGAUUCACAUGACAUAUGUACUCAUUUGUCACCGUAUACUUUUAAUACAGUUUAAUUGUGAACUGAACGAUGGCGUGUUUUCUUUACGACUGAGGUUACAGAUAGGAAUGCAGGUUUUCUGGCAGGUAUCUCACUUUGGGCUUGGAAGACUCCACCUUAUCAGAGACGCCCAUUUGCCUUUCCCUUACGGUAAAACCUUCGCCCUGAUUCACUACUGUGCAAAAUAAUUCUUUGGGAGCAGGUUGUUCUAAUCUUAUGCUGGAGUGGCGUUUGAUGAUUUUAGUGCAUAAGUUUUUUGCCCUACUGCAGGUGUAAUUGUUUCCUUCCCUUCAUAAUGCAUACGUUUUCUCACCUUUGAGUAACAGUGAAGUUCAUUUGUAAGUCCAUACCAAGAUGACCUCGGUGCAGACGAUCUGAGAGGCACCUGGGUCCACAGAUCGUAAUUGGCCUCCAAAUCCUUCCUUCUGUUAUGGGUAGGAAAAAAAAAAGUAUGCUCUUGGAAUAUUCUUAUUCUUUUUUGAACCCUAAUUACUUGUUUAGUUCUUUUGGGUUUUUUAAAUGAUUUUACUGUAAUAAUCCAAUGAACAAUACAUUUGAUUUAUUCUUUUCUAACUGGACAAACUUUUCCUGUGUUCCUUGUUUGUUGGUUAGUUUUUGUUAAAGCAAUCAUUAAUUUAAGAUCACUACUUUCAUACUUGGGUUACACUUCAUAUAUUUUGAAGUGCAUUUAUUUACUUAACAUUUUGUAACUUGAGUAAUUUCACCAAAUGAAUACCUUUUGGUAGUUUGUAAUGAGUUCUGCCAAUUGUUGUAUUUUGCUUGGUACUUAAAUUAAAUAUGUAAAGAUAAGAGAAGUAAUUUUCCUGUAUUCUGCCAACCAUCAUUUUAUAUAAUAAAAUCAUCCGUUUUUACUAAAAA